GCAAUGUUUUCUUUGCAAAAUGAAUCAACACAAUUAAAUAAUGAAGAAAAUGGUUUUGGAAAAGAAUCUUUGUCUUUGCCUAUUAUUGAUGCUCAAAGUUGUAGUAAUAGUGUUUCUUCUAUGCAAAGCUCUUCUUCAAAUUUAAUAGAUUAUAGUUAUGGAUUUUUAUCGUGGUUUCUCUUCCUUCUCAGUUAUAUAAAUCCAUUUAAUGCAGCUCUACAAAUGGUUAAGAAUUUAAUUUCAACAUCAAUACCUUUAAAAGAUUGUCUCAGAGUUUUGUUUUCAAUUGAUCAUUUAAAAGGAGAUGAUAUGUAUAGCUGUGAUAAAUGCAAAAAAUUGCAAGAUGGAAUUAAACAUUCAUCAAUUACUCGACUGCCAAAUGUUUUAAUUAUUCAUCUAAAACGUUUUCGACAUGAAGGGAAUUACAACACAAAAUUAAGAACUAAAAUUACUUUUCCUCUUUAUGAUUUGGAUAUGGACCAGUUUGUACGUUCUGAAGAGACUAAAGACGGAGAAGAAAAUAAUUUGUCUAAUUGUUAUGAUUUGAGCGGAUUAAUUUCACAUAGAGGGCAGAAUAUUGAAUAUGGACAUUAUGUGGCAUAUUGUCGAAAUGCUUCUGAUGGAGAUUGGUACGAAUUUGAUGAUGCUCAGGUAACAAGAGUUAGUCCUCAAGAAGUAGCCAGUCAAGAGCCUUACGUUCUUUUUUAUGAAAGGCGAAACUUCUUUUGUGAAAAUCAUGGAGAAAAUGAAAUUAAAUACAAAAAAGAAUUAAUUAAUGAAAUUAUGGUAGUUGAUAAUAAAUUAAAUGAAGUAAAUGAAAAAAGGGAAGAGAAAGAAGAAAUGAUGGAUAUUGAUAAUGGUGAAGAUGAAAAUAUUUUACAAACAAAACAAUUGGAAUCCUCUGCUACAAUCACAACAUCUGGUGAUUGUUCUUCUUGUUGUCUCCAACAGAAAAAUUAAUUUGAGAAAAUUUCCCAAAAACAUUUCAAAUUUUUUAGAUAUAUAUUUACGUUGUGCCCUUAAUUUUUGUUUUUUAAAUAAUUGUUUUUCAAUGCUACAAGCAAAUGAACGAUAAAUUAUAUAUUCUUUAAAAAAAAUUAUGAAAAAUCCCUUAAAAUAUUCCGAAAAAAAUGUUGG